AUGCCUCAGAAUGUGCCGUUGAUAAUCAUCGCGGUGUUUUGCUACACCGGAGGCUCUCUAGGCCAAGUUCAAAGCGGUACUGUUGUUGUGACGGACGAAUCAACGCGGAGUCCAAUUGUGCGACGACACAUUCCCGGAGUUGGAGCUCGUGGGCAGAGCGCGGUAUGCGCAGUUAAUUUUCAAAUGCAGAAAGGGAACGUGUUUGAUUUUGGCAGAAAUACACAACAAAUCGUCUGCGGACUAGGCUGGGAUACGACCUUCGGCCAAGUUGAUCUUGAUGUUAGCUGUGUUUUGAUGGAUCAGACAGGCGCUGUGGUUCACACUGGAGAUAAUCUGACGGGCGAGGGAAGUGGCGAUGAUGAACAAAUCAUUCUGAAUAUGAACCAGAUCGGCCCAUCAGUCUUCAACGUCUUUUUCGUUAUCAAUAUCUACACGUGA